AGCUGCACUUCCGGUCGGCAUUUUGUUCUGCGAGAGGGAGAGAGAGUCUGAGUGGACCCUUUUGAUCCCCGCGUCAGUCGUCAUAAUUUUCCAAAAUCGGGCGAAAUAUACAAACAUUUUCCUUUGGUGUCGGUGUAAAACCGACGAAAAGGCCGGACGAUCGAAUGUUCCUCCAGUUGCACCCGUUCAAGCCUACAUGUUUGCAGUGAGACGGAAGAAGAACGAACCUCCCCGACCCGGAUUAUUGUUGUUAGCUAGCUAGCUAGCCAGCUAGCUAACCAGCUAUCUACAUUAUUUCUACGGAGGAGCUGCGAGAAAGAGAGGGGGAGCCAGAGAUACAGACCCGGACCGUUUACAAGAUUUUUUCUUUUCUUUUUUAAACAAAAUAUCUGGAGCAUUAAGGAGAUGUGAGGUACGGUCGGACGGCGGCGACACUGAGCAACCUGUGCAUCGACACAACCUCCCCCCCCACCUUCAGCAUGAAUGGGGAUAUGCCUCAUGUGCCCAUCACCACUCUCGCUGGGAUCGCUAGCCUCACUGACUUGUUAAACCAGCUGCCCCUGCCCUCCCCUCUCCCCGCCACCACCACUAAGAGCCUGCUGUACAAUGGGAGGAUCGCGGAGGAGGUCAACUGCCUGCUGGCCUGCAGGGACGAGACCCUGGUGUCCCAACUGGCCCACAGUCUCAACCAGGUCUCCACCGAGCACAUUGAGCUGAAGGAUAACCUGGGCAGUGAUGAGCCGGAGGGGGACGUGCCGGUGCUGCUGCAGACGGUGCUGUCCAGGAACCCCAACAUCUUCAGGGAGAAAAGUAUAAUGCAGCAACCAAUGAUGCCACAGUACAAAAUUAACCAGAAUUCCAUGCACGGCAGUCCAGCAUCAACAAAUUACCAGCAAGCCACCAUCUCACACAGCCCUUCCAGCCGCUUCGCCCCGCCACAGACGAGUUCGGGCAACAGGUUUGUGCCCCAGCAGAACAGCCCGGUGCCCAGCCCCUACGCGCCGCAGAGUCCGGCGGGCUACAUGCAGUACCCCCACCCGCCCAGCUACACCCAGCACCAACAGAUCCAGCAAGUGUCAGUAGCUAGCCCCAUGGUGCCUGGUGGCCUGAGGAACAUCCACGAAAGCAAGGUCUCCGGGACGAUGUCGAGUAACUCGGCGAACCACCACGCGGAUCGACACGGCUCCAACGAAGAAUACAUGAACAUCGUUCACCGACUAGGAAGUGAGCAGAGCGACCCAUCCAUGCGAAACGCCUCCUUCCCCGUGGGGUCUCCGCAGUCCGUCUGCUCCCCUGCCGUCAGCGAUGGGACCCCCAAAGGAGGGUCCCGCCUCCCGCUCAUCCUCCAGUCCCCGCCCCCCUACACCUCCCCCCGUGACGGGCCUCCGGACCUCCUCCUGGACUCCCCGGAACACAAGAAGAAGCAGAAGAAGAUGAAAACGGGCAAAGACGACAAGGAGCAGGCGGCGGACAAGUCGGCCAUGUACGACAUCGUGAGCUCGCCCUCCAAGGACUCCACCAAGCUGACGCUGCGCCUCUCCCGGGUCAAGAGCUCGGAGACCGACCCGUCGGGCGAGCUGCUGCCCGGCGCCGAGGCCGGGUCCGAUCCCGAGGCCGGCGAGCUGGCCUACAACAGCCUGCAGCCGUUCCCUGGGGGCCUGCCGCCCCGCACGCCGCAGCAGGACCAGGCCCUGCGGCCCGGCCAGUGCCUGGCCCCCGGCGAGCUGGCCUACCUGCAGCCCCAGCAGGUCCCCGUGCUCCAGAACACGGGGGCGGCCGCCAAACAGCCGCCCGGCCCGGGGGGCCCGCCGCUGUCCGCCGGCACCACGCCGUACGACGAGGUGGAGAUGGACGCGCUGGCCGAGAUCGAGAGGAUAGAGCGCGAGUCCGCCAUCGAGCGGGAGCGCUGCUCCAAGGAGGUGCAGGACAAAGACAAGCCGCUGAAGAAGCGUAAGCAGGACUCGUACCCGCAGGAGCCGGGCGCGGGGGGCACGGCGGGGGGCACGGCGGGCUCCAGCGGGGGUCCGGGCGCCGGCGGGAACGCCGGGAACAGGGUGGCGCCCCAGGAGGCCAGCUCCGCCGGCAACGGGGCCAGCCGGCCGGCCCUGAUGGUGAGCAUCGACCUGCAGCACGCGGGCCGGGCCGACGGGCAGGCGGAGCCCUGCACGGCCGCGCCCACGCCCGCCCUGGAGGCCCAGCGCUGGCCCGAGGAGCCCCGGGAGGGCCCGGCCGCCGAGGGGGCCGACACGGCCGGCGUGCUGCGGCUGAAGCCCGAGGACGCGUCCCGCAGGAGGGCGGACGGGGAGCUGCAGCGCGCCGCCGACCGCAGGCCGGAGGUCAUCAAGCAGCGGCCCGACACGCCCAAGAAGGGCCCGGCCGACGCCCCGCGGCAGAAGGGCCCGGACGGGCACAAGCACGAGCACCGGCGCGACCCCUCCGGCAAGCCGGGCGAGCGGCGCGGCGACCCGGCCAAACACCGGCACGACGGCGCCAAGCCCGAGGGCAAGCCCCGCCCCGACGGCCGGGCCCAGGACGGGAGGCCCUCCUCCUCCUCCCGCAGGGACGGCCACGACGGGCACCGGGACGACCGGCACCGCGGCGACCCGGCCCGCAUCCGCCGGCCCGACACGCCCAAGUCCGGCCGCGGGGAGCACGACCCCAGGCACGGCCGCGACCGGGACCGCGACCGCGAGAGGGAGAGGAAGCACCGGUCCCCAGAGGAGCGGGCGCGGCCUGACAGCCCCAGGGUGAAGCAGGAGGGCCGGGGGGGCCUGGACUCCAGCGGCCGGCCUCGCUCCGACCGGCCCGGCUUCAAACCGCCCGGCGCCGACGCCGGCCGCAACCGGCCCGAGGGCCACAAGCCCCCGCAGCCCGACGUCAAGACCCCCGAGUUCCCCUCCUUCCUCCUGGGGGGCAAGACCGGGGCGCUGAGGAACUUCGUCAUCCCCAAAAUCAAGCGGGACAAGGACGCCAACGCGGGCGCGGACCUGCGCACGCUGACGGAGGGCUGGAGCGAGCCGCGCGUGAAGCUGGAGCGCAUCGGCCUGGUGGAGGACCUCAACAAGGGCGCCAAGCCCGUGGUGGUGCUGCAGAAGCUGACCUUCGACGAGGUGCAGAAGUUCAUCAGGGACAAGGAGGACAGGAACGCUCGCAGCUCCAAGUCUGGCAAGAACAGGCUGUCCUCGGGGAAGAUGAAAGGUGGGAUCGACCAGUCGGUGCUGAAGGACCUUCCUCCGGAGCUGCUGGCCGAGAUCGAGUCCACCAUGCCCCUGUGCGAGCGCGUGAAGAUGAACAAGCGCAAGCGCAGCACGGUCAACGAGAAGCCCAAGUACGCCGAGGUCAGCUCCGAUGAGGACAGCGACACGGGCGAGUCUGCCCGGAAAAAGCAGAAGAAGGACCGUGACCGCGACCGGGACCGCGACCGGGCGUGGGAGUGUGCGGAGCGGGAGCAGCGGAAGGGCGGGAUCCACGAAGGCGGCCGCAGGGGGUCCGGGAGCCGCUACCGGGAACGCAGUCCGGAAUAUUCCGAAUCCGGGUCGCCCCCACCCACCUUCACCGACAUUGCCAAGAAGAUGAGGAAAAAGGAAAAGCAGAAGAAGAGGAAAGCGUACGAGCCGAAGCUCACACCUGAAGAAAUGAUGGACUCUUCAACUUUUAAGAGGUUCUCAGCCAGUGUGGACAACAUCUUGGAAAACUUGGAAGACAUGGACUUCACUGCUCUGGCUGACGAUGACGAGAUUCCUCAGGAGCUGCUGCUGGGGAAACACCAGCUGAGUGAGCUGGGCAGCGAGUCGGCCAAGAUCAAGGCCAUGGGCAUCACAUGCAGGCUUCCAUCCGACAAGCUGGUGAAGGUGCUGAACAUCCUGGAGAAGAACAUUCAGGAUGGCUCCAAGCUCUCCACGCUCAUGAACCACGACAACGACACGGAGGACGAGGAGCGGCUUUGGCGGGACCUGAUCAUGGAGCGCGUGACCAAGUCGGCCGACGCCUGCCUGACGGCGCUCAACAUCAUGACGUCGCUGCACAUGCCCAAGGCCGUGUACAUCGAGGACGUGAUCGAGCGCGUGCUGCAGUACACCAAGUUCCACCUGCAGAACACCCUGUACCCGCAGUACGACCCCGUCUACCGGGUGGACCCUCACGGAGGUGGGCUGAUGAGCUCGAAGGCCCGGCGAGCAAAGUGCUCCACCAACAAGCAGAGGGUCAUCGUCAUGCUGUACAACAAGGUGUGCGACAUCGUCAGCAACAUCUCCGAGCUCCUGGAGAUCCAGCUGCUGACCGACACCACUAUCCUCCAGGUCUCCUCCAUGGGCAUCACACCCUUCUUUGUGGAGAACGUCAGCGAGCUCCAGCUGUGUGCCAUCAAGCUGGUCACUGCGGUUUUCUCCCGGUACGAGAAGCACAGGCAGCUGAUCCUGGAAGAGAUCUUCACUUCUCUGGCCCGGCUGCCAACCAGCAAACGCAGCCUCAGGAACUUCAGGCUGAACAGCACGGAUGUGGACGGGGAGCCCAUGUACAUUCAGAUGGUGACGGCUCUGGUGCUCCAGCUCAUCCAGUGCGUCGUCCACUUGCCCUCCGACAAGGACGCAGAGGACCAUUGUGGCAACAAGGUGGAUCAAGACGUCCUGAUCACAAACUCCUACGAGACCGCAAUGAGGACCGCACAGAACUUCCUCUCCGUGUUUCUGAAGAAGUGUGGCAGCAAGCAGGGGGAGGAGGACUACCGGCCGCUCUUUGAGAACUUCGUCCAGGACCUGCUGUCCACGGUCAACAAGCCGGAGUGGCCCGCGGCCGAGCUGCUGCUCAGUCUCUUGGGCCGGCUGCUGGUGCACCAGUUCAGUAACAAGCAGACGGAAAUGGCUCUGCGGGUGGCUUCCCUAGACUACCUGGGGACCGUGGCAGCCCGACUCCGCAAGGACGCGGUCACCAGCAAGAUGGACCAGCGCUCCAUCGACAGGAUCCUGCAGCAGAAUCCAGGCAGCGACGAGACGCAGCAGCUGCAGAAGACCCUGCUGGACUACCUGGAGGAGAACGCAGAGACUGACCCCUCGCUCGUGUUUGCGCGGAAGUUCUACGUGGCGCAGUGGUUCCGGGACACCACCACGGAGUCGGAGAAGGCGAUGAAGUCGCAGAACCAGAAGGAUGAGGACUCGUCAGACGGGCCGCACCACGCCAAGGACAUCGAGACCACGGGCGACAUCAUGCAGAAGGCCGAGGUCCGGAAGAAGUUCCUGCGCUCCAUCAUCAAGGCCACGCCCGCGCAGUUCAGCACGCUGAGAAUGAACACGGACACCGUGGACUAUGACGACUCGUCCCUGAUCGUCCGUUAUUUGGCCUCUAUGAGACCCUUUGCACAGAGCUUCGAUAUUUAUUUAACGCAGAUCCUGAGGGUCCUCGGGGAGAGUGCCAUUGCGGUCAGAACUAAAGCCAUGAAGUGUCUCUCUGAGGUGGUGGCUGUGGAUCCCAGCAUCCUGGCUCGCUCGGACAUGCAGCGUGGGGUGCACGGCAGGCUGAUGGAUAACUCCACCAGCGUGCGGGAGGCAGCGGUGGAGCUCCUGGGUCGCUUUGUGCUGAGCCGGCCCCAGCUGACCGAGCAGUACUACGACAUGCUGAUCGAGAGGAUACUGGACACGGGAAUCAGCGUGAGGAAGAGGGUGAUCAAGAUCCUGCGGGACAUCUGUCUGGAGCAGCCGGCCUUCCCCAAGAUCACCGAGAUGUGCGUGAAGAUGAUCCGCCGGGUCAACGACGAGGAAGGCAUCAAGAAACUGGUGAACGAGACAUUCCAGAAGCUGUGGUUCACUCCCACCCCCAAUCACGACAAGGAAGCCAUGACCCGCAAGAUCCUCAACAUCACAGACGUGGUGGCUGCCUGCCGAGAUACCGGCUACGAUUGGUUCGAACAACUGCUUCAGAAUCUGCUGAAGUCCGAGGAGGACGCCUCCUACAAACCAGCCAAGAAAGCCUGCGUGCAGCUCGUGGACAAUCUGGUGGAACACAUCCUGAAAUACGAAGAGUCCCUCGCAGACACUGAGCACAAGAGCGUGAACUCGACCCGCCUGGUGGCCUGCAUCACCACACUGUACCUGUUCAGCAAGAUCCGCGCCCAGCUAAUGGUGAAGCACGCUAUGACCAUGCAGCCCUACCUGACCACCAAGUGCAACACCCAGAGCGACUUCAUGGUGAUCUGCAACGUGGCAAAGAUCCUGGAGCUGGUGGUGCCUCUGAUGGAGCACCCGAGUGAGACCUUCCUCACCACCAUAGAAGAAGACCUGAUGAAGCUCAUCAUCAAAUACGGCAUGACGGUUGUGCAAAACUGUGUAAGCUGUCUUGGGGCGGUGGUCAAUAAGGUCACUCACAAUUACAAGUUUGUUUGGGCCUGCUUCAAUCGCUACUAUGGCGCUCUGACCAAGCUGAAGCUGCAGCACCAGGAGGAUCCCAACAGCACGGUCCUGGCUGCCAACAAGCCGGCGCUGCUGCGAUCCCUGUUCACCGUGGGAGCCCUGUGCCGCCACUUCGACUUCGACCUGGAGGAGUUCAAAGGCAACAACAAGAUCGUUAUUAAAGACAAGGUUCUGGAGCUGCUGCUGUACUUCACCAGACACGAGGAUGAGGAGGUUAAGACCAAGGCCAUCAUCGGCUUAGGCUUCCUGUUCAUCCAGCACCCGAGCCUGAUGUUCGUCCCGGACGUGAAGAACCUGUACAACGGCAUCCUGUCGGAGCGCCGCAGCUCCGUCAACCUGAAGAUCCAGGUGCUGAAGAACCUGCAGACCUACCUGCAGGAGGAGGACUCCCGCAUGCAGGAGGCUGACCGCGAGUGGAAGAAGCUGUCGAAGCAGGAGGACCUGAAGGAGAUGGGAGACAUCUCGUCAGGCAUGAGCAGCUCCAUCAUGCAGCUGUACCUGAAGCAGGUGUUGGAGGCCUUCUUCCACACCCAGUCCAACGUGCGUCACUUCGCCCUCAACGUCAUCGCCCUGACCCUCAACCAGGGCCUCAUCCACCCUGUGCAGUGCGUGCCGUACCUGAUCGCCAUGGGAACGGACCCGGAGCCCAGCAUGAGGAACAAAGCCGAUCAGCAGCUGGUGGAAAUCGACAAGAAGUACACCGGCUUCAUUCAUAUGAAGGCCGUGGCCGGGAUGAAGAUGUCGUACCAGGUGCAGCAGGCCAUCUGGGCGGCCCACGACACCAUCAUCCGGGGCUUCCGGCAGGACGAGACCAACGCCGCGCUCUGCUCCCAUCUCUUCAGCAUGGUGCGGGGCAACCGGCAGCACCGGAGAGCUUUCCUCAUCGCGCUGCUCAACCUGUUCGACGACAGCGCCAAGACGGACGUGAACAUGCUCCUGUACAUCGCGGACAAUCUGGCCUGCUUCCCCUUCCAGACACAGGAGGAGCCCCUGUUCAUCAUGCAUCACAUCGACAUCACGCUGUCUGUGUCCGGGAGCAACCUGCUGCAGUCCUUCAAGGAGUCCCUGCUGAAGACUCCCAGGCGACCGGAGAAGAAGGUGCGUGAGCGGCGGUAUGACUCGGAGGAGGACGAGGAGAAGGCGGUGCGGCGGAGCAGCGGGGACAGCAGUGAGGAAGAGGAGGAGGUGGUGCGCCGUCGGAAGAAGCCCCGUCGGGCGGCAGCGGCCGUGCACUCCGACUCGGAGUCAGACUCGGACCUGGAGACGGAGGACGUGGACAAGGUGAUGCAUCGUCUGCCGGACAACACCACGCCCCUGCUGGACUUCGCCAAUGCCUCCCAGGGCAUCCUGCUGCUCCUGGUGCUCAAACAGCACCUCAAGAACCUCUACGGCUUCUCAGACAGCAAAAUCCAGAAGUACUCCCCGACGGAAUCGGCCAAGGUGUACGACAAGGCGGUGAACCGGAAGGCCACCGUGCACUUCAGCCCACGCCAGACGGUCGACUUCCUCUCCAACGACGUGGCCCACUCCACCGUCACCUACGAAAUCAAGAGGAAGAUCGUCAAGCAGUAUCUGGACUUCAAGCUCCUAAUGGAGCACUUGGACCCUGAUGAGGAGGACGAGGAAGGGGAGGCGUCGGCCAGCGCCAAUGCCCGAAACAAAGCCAUCUCCAACCUGCUCGGGGGCUCCAGCCCCAAGAACCACGCCCCGGACACGGAGGACGACGAGAGUGACGGCGAUGAGAAGACCCCGGGGUCGCGGCGGUCCCGGAGGGGAGGAGACUCAGCCGAGGCGUCAGGCCACAUGAACGAGACGGUGGAGGCCAUGGACGUCAUCGCCAUCUGCUGCCCUAAGUACAAGGACCGGCCGCAGAUCGCACGCGUCAUCCAGAAGACCAACACCGGCUACAGCGUGCACUGGAUGGCCGGCUCCUACUCCGGGACCUGGGCAGAGGCCAAGAAGCGCGACGGACGCAAACUGGUGCCUUGGGUGGACACUAUCAAGGAGUCGGACAUCAUUUACAAGAAAAUCGCCUUGACCAGUGGCCACAAGCUGACCAACAAAGUGGUGCAGACUUUACGAUCGCUGUACGCAGCCAAGGACGGGACUUCCAGCUAAUGAACUCUGCAGUUUCUACCAUUCAAACCCCCCUCCACCCCCACCCCUCCACAGCCAAACUUCACUGGGAUCCAACCUUUUUUUAAAAAAAACCAACACAGGCAAGAGGCAAGAAAAUGAGACACUACAAGAACCCUAAAACGCAGCAUUCUGGCAUCGCGAGAGAGAACGAGUUGUGAAUAUCGGUCAGACGUACAGAUCCAGGACACAUUUAAGCAACUCUGAAACAAAAGAAAAAGUCACGUAGACGAGAACACAGAAUCCAGAAGGAAAUGUUUGGUAAACAUUGCGUGGGAGUUCCUUCGCUGUUGUGCAGCAGACCCUGGUCGUUUUGAUUUCUACUCCCACUGUAUCAUAGUUUAACACAAAAAAAACUCAAAUGUUUAUAUCUCGGAGAAAAAAAAGAAAAAAGAAAAAAAAUUCUGUUUAAAAAAAAAAAUAAAACUUAAAAGUGAAUGUUGGAAAUUAGUCUGUUGAUGUUCUUAAUAAAGUGUUCUUGGAGUUUAACCUAGCACCGGAUGACUUUCUUUAGCUUAGCUCAUUUUCCUGGGAAGCGAUUUUUAUUUUUGUUUACUUUUGUUUGUCCAUGCUGUACAAUGGCAGAGUCUCCUGGAUAUAAUUUAUUCUGUUUUAAAGGAAGCAUGCAGUAUCUGUGGCCUACAUACAGGAGGGUUUUUUUUUGUAAAUGUAGAUUUUGAUGUAUUAGGUCACCCCACUAAUAAGAGGAAAGGGAUCCCCAGCAUCUCUGGCGGAACAAAUACUGCAAUAAAUUUUCUACUUCUCUUUGUUA